AUGCGCGACCGACGCCGCCGCUGCCGGCGACCCUCGCCGGCCUCUUCAUCGCUGCUGUAUUCACUAAAGCUCUCGCUUUCUUCCUCAGACCAAGCAGCGACCACGGAGCUGGUGCGUGCCCCGCGUCUGCCACGCCGCUUGUUGUCUUGCGUGUUGGCGCUUUGGUCGCCACUGUCGCUUUCCCUUCCGCUGUCUUCGCUGUCGCGCCCCUGCAUCGCUAUGGUUCCAAGGUCGGAACCGCGUUCGGUGCGUAUGCUGGCGCCCAUGCGCGAACCCCGUCUGAUGGUGGGGAUGCUUGGCUGGUACACGGAACCCGACGUGGCGUACUCCGCGAUAGACCACAUCAUAUAG